UUCUAUGAUGUAUAAUUUUCGUUAGUAGUUCUCAAUAAAAACAUCUUUAAUACAUUUUUUUUUAAAUUUAAUACUGGUUUUAUAAUUUAAAUUGAUUUAUGUACAAUUAUUUUUAACUCACAGUAGUUUUCGUAUUUAACUAUUCAUUGAAAUGUUAUUUUUUUUUUGCACGAUUAUUUUGUACUUAAGUUGUACGUCAGCGACAAGAAAUCAAUGUGUUGACUACGAUGGCGCUGUUGUUAGCGCAGUGUCUGAUAAAGUGAUGGUACACGGAGAAGGGCCAUUUUGGGAUUCUGAAAAUAAUAUUUUAUACUUUGUUGAUAUAGCUCAACAUCGCGUGUAUAAAUGGGUCGAAAAUAAAUUGGAUUACGUUCAAUUAGAUGAAGAUGUAAGUUUUGUUAUACCCGUGGCAAAAAAGAAACAUACUUUCGCGAUAGGAUUAGGUAGACAACUAGCUUCACUUCAAUGGUAUACGGAUAAUAUUAAUGGAAGUAUUCCUGUUAAAGUCCAACAUUUAACAAAAUUGGCUACUGUAGAUAAUGAUAAACCCGGAAAUCGUUGGAAUGAUGCUAAAGCAGAUCCUAAAGGACAACUUUGGGCUGGUACUAUGGGCUUUGAAGAUGCUGCGGGAAAUAUACCAACCGGACAGGGUACUCUGUAUAAAUUAAAUGACAUUAAGUCAAAUCAAUUUCCAAAGUGUACUCAAAAUGUCAAACCUGUUUUACCAAGAGUAUCUGUAUCUAAUGGAAUGGCUUGGAGUAAAGAUGGUUCCAAAAUGUAUUACAUAGACUCUCCGACUAAGCAAAUUGAUUUGUUUGAUUACGACUCUAAAACCGAUUCUAUUAAUAAUCGUAGACCAUUCUAUAAUUUUAGCACUGACUUUAUACCAGGCGUUCCUGAUGGUAUGACCAUCGAUGAAAACGAUAAUAUAUGGAUAGCCAACUAUGGCGGAGCUCAGGUACUACAUGUCAGCGGAGUAUCGGGAAAAUUGCUUGGCAAAUUACCAAUUAAAGCAAAGUACGUUUCUUCAGUAACUUUUGGAGGAAAUAAUCUAGACAAACUUUACGUUACAACACUUAGCCGAGGGGUCUCACUUGAACAAUUUAAAGAAUAUCCAAUGUCCGGUAAAGUACUGGAAGUAUCUGGUCUUGGAGUAAAAGGUUUGCCCAAUCGAUGGGUUCAAAAUAAAUGUUUUCAGUGAUUGUUUUAUUUUUUCAAAAAUUGUAUAGUUUAAAAGUUAUUAAUUAAUAAAUAACUCUGAUAAAUAGUCAUUAAAGAAAAAUAAAAAAUAUUUUAAUGGAA